GUUUAUGUAUAUCCUCCCUUUUUGAAUAUAUAUUUUUGAAAGCUUCACACUCAAUAGAGCUUUAAUCUCUUUAAGACAUGCGAAUGCGCCAUGUUAACUGCAAUGGUCAGUGAAACUCGAACUCGAGUUCCAAGUACAUUAUAAAGCAUUUGUCUGGGAUUAGUUGUUGACAAUACACGAGAUAGACUAGUAAACCCACUAAAACAUACUAUUAUUUAAUAUAAUUGCUUGAGACUAAGCGUGACAGAUAAAGCAUCAAUUAAGGGAGAGCAAAAAGACAAGAAAAGAGAUAACAUGAAAAAGGAGAUGACCACUUUACAGAACAUAAAAGACUUUACAAAACAGAAUGUGAUGAUACCUCGUUUUUAAAUAUGUGCUAUAGUGAGAAGCAACACAUUUAAAGAUGGAAGCAUGUCUGUAAAGUAACACUUUGAGAGAACCAAAAAGUAUCAUUAUAAAGCUGUAAAAGGGCUGGUGAAAGACAUUCUUGUAGAGAAGCUGAUGUGACAAGAAGAAACUAUUUUUCAGAAGGAGAAGGUUAUAUGAGGAGUUUGGUGUGUAAGAAGAUGUGGUGGGUUGUACAUCGAAGGACCAACAAGAGGAACUUACACCGUGGUUGUGAGAACAAGAGCAUAUGUGACUUGGGGAAAGACUUGGAUGAGAUACUAAAGGGGAGGCUAGAGACGAUAGAGGAGGAACCAGAAGCAGAAGAGCGAGAGCGGUUAGGAGAAUCGCAGAAGCCAAUGUUGUUUAAGGCUAAGAUGAAUGUGGAGAAGGGCAAGACAAUAGUAAAAGCUAAAAUGAAAAGUGGGAAAGUGUUUUACAUGUUGUGUAUUAUUGGCUUAGCCUCUAGACGAGGUUUGAAUGAUCUUCCACCUCCGACUCCCAUAUUGAGACAUGACAACCAAAGCAGCGACCUAGUCUCCGCCAUUGCCGACAUGAUUAGGGAAUCUUACAACGGUUUUGGCACCCUACUCCUUCUCCAUGUCCUCAACGAUACAAAUUUCUACAACAAUCAAGAGAUUACUUUCUUGAUGCCUAGCGACGACCAUCUUUCUCAAGCAGACAUGAGCCAAGAGAGUCUUGAGACGUUUAUCUUAAGACAUACGAUCCCUGCGUGGCUUAUGAUCAACCACUUGCUUCGUUUCCCAAACAAAACGCUUGUCCCUUGUAGCAUCCCUGAUAAAAUGUUCGUUAUCACAAAAUCUGGUAGGUCGGGGGGACUAUAUGUGAACAAUGCGAGGAUCGUUUCUCCUAAUAUUUGUCGGAAUUCUCGCGUAGCUUGCCACGGGGUCAGCAACGUUAUUACAUUCACCGAGGACUCCUUUUCUAAGGCAAUAUUAUCACCUGUGUUAUCAUCAGUUCGUGAAAGAAUCACUUCGUCUAGGCACUGAAGCUCUCUAUCUUUAAUUACCACACAAAAUUUGUAGGGUUUGAGUAUCUUCUAAAAUUACUAAAAAAGUUGUAGAUUUCUCAAAGUCAGCGUGGCCACUAUUAACAACAUGAUUAA